AGCAUUUGGAGCUACGAUUGAUAAUCAGAAUGUAAUACGGUAUUCUUAAAUUGGAUUGAAACAUGAGUGGUUUAAUUUAAAAGACUUUAUCUGAUAAAAAAUGGAGUAUCAACAAUACUAUGAAAAUAGGUUUACAAAUAGUGAACUUACUGCAAUGUUAAGGCAAGUUAAUGAACAGGAUGAACAUUCAUGUGAUGUUUCCGUGAAAGUGGGAACAUGGGUCAGACGAUUCCACACUUCCAUAUUAAAGGAGAGUGGAUUUUUCAACACGUUAUUUGGUAACGGAAAAUUCCGAGAAAAUACCUUUGGAAUCAUCGAAUUCUGUGAAAGAAGAUCAACGAUUGUGGAGGGAGCCAUUUUGUUUCUUUAUAAUGAGGAGCCAGUCAUUGAUACAAGGUGUAUCCAGGAGUUCUUUGACAUUGCAGAAUUUCUCAUGAUACCGCGUCUCAAAAUAUUCUGCGUGAAAUGGUUCGAACAAACCCAAAAGACAAACGCACUGAUAGACAAAUACCUUCCUGUAUCCAUACUUUACGAUGUUGACAUUGCUUCUGCCAUUGACUACAUCAGGACAAAUUUGAGAGAACUUAUGGAUGGAUCAAGUUUGCUUAACAUAGAUACAAACUCAUUGCAAAGUUUGCUGUCUGAUAAAUAUCUUUCAUAUGUUUCGAUGGAAAUCAAAUUCAAUUUCUUGGUAAGAUGGCUGAAAAUCGAUUUUCUGAAAAGAUCAGAAACAUUUCAGCAGAUGUGCGCUUGGAUAGAUUUUCGGAAAUUAAGCGAGGCGAUAAUUAUGGCUGCAAAGCAGGAUCCAAUAAUUGGUUCGCUAGAAGUGGUUUCUAAUUACGAAUAUGAAAAAAGAUAUGAUGAAUCCCAAACUUUUGUUGGAAUGAUUGUAAAACAUGAAGACAGCCGCCAGGGAAAAGAGACGGUUAUUAUUUACGACGAAAUUAAAGAUGAUUGGUAUCGUCUUAAUAUAAGUUUGACCUAUAUCGGACGAAAAAAGUACUUCACUAACACAAAUAACAAAUCGACGUUCUUCCGUGUCCGUGAAACACCAACUAAAGAUACAGUGAUAGAAUUAUUGUCAGUUGAUGGAAGAACUUUUUACCGUAGUAAAGUCACAGUGCAAACAUAUGACACACGGGCGUCAUCCUGCAAUGAUAAAGUGUUUGAUUCAAUUUGUAUAAAUGAUCAGACAUGUGUUGCGACACGCAUGACAAUGGUGGAUAUAAUUGAUGCGUCAUUGGAAAAAAGGAAAAAAGAAGUAAUACAACUUUUGGUUGGAAAUAUUGAAGCAAACUCAGACACCACUGUUCUCUACCCAAUGUUUUCAAUGGAACUUGAUGAUGGCGAUGGCUAUCACUACAUAUCUAACAUUUGUUUAAACGCAGAUAACAAUGUUGCAUUGAUUAUACCAACAUUUAAUCAUUACUCAAUAUCAGUGUAUAUUUAUGAAAUAAAAUCAUGUUCCUUGAGUAAAAUUGAAAACUCUGAAAUAUCACCAAACUCAAAGGUGUAUGGCUGCCGAAACGGAUUUGCCUUCUCCGAUGAAGAAGAUCCAUAUGUUACUCUGAUCGAAGUUCCUGAAGACACAGAUAGUGCUCAUGAUAUUGUUACGGUUUUUGUUACAGACCACUUAUUCGAGAGGAUGAUAUUCGCAAGUGAUGACAAACUUUAUCAUUUUCUAUACUAUCCAUGGAGAGAAAAUUACAUUCUAGAAAUGGCUGCGAUAGAUGAAAUAGAACGAAUGAGUAUAUAUUCACAUGUAAAAUGGGAACGGGUAACCAGCCUUGAAUUAAAAGUUGAACUAAUUCAAUCUGUUAUACAGUUACAAUUACCUACAAAUGUUGACCGGUGUCAUUUACUAUGCCCCCAUUGUGAAUCGCUACCUAGGGGGCAAAAACGAGGUUAUUUUGAAACGUGUAAUGUGUCUGAAAUGUCAAAUGAACAAAGUGAACGUGAUGACAUUACUGAAAUACUGAUUAUUGACCUCUCAGAUGAUGAGGAAAGUGACUCAUCAUAAGUUGCUAUAUUUGAAUUAAUUAUUUAUAAAAUAACAUCUGGUUUUCCAAUGCAUGUCAAAAUGUGUAACUGGAUUUUACAAGUAAAACUAAUGCACUCACGGUAUGUAACAAUAUUGAAAAAUUCAAAACCCAAACAACAUGUAAUAAACUAGCAAUAAAUGGAUUUCAAAAUACACAGACAAUAUAUCUUAGAAACAUUUUGACAUUUAUAUUUGAAACAAAGAACAUAUUGAAUCUGGUAGAAUAAAAAUGACAAAACAAUCAAAUAUAUGCAGCGCGCGUUGUAUUUCCAAGAACCUUAUAAUUAACCACUGUGCAUGAUUUUCUUUUUACAAAUGCCACAAAUGUUUAUCAUAUUUGUUUACUGUUAUCACUUCUUAUGAGUUCUUAUUUUUCCUAUAUGUAUAUUAAUAAUAAAAUGUUUAAAAACAAACCUGGUUUCAAUUUUCUGCAGACUUUUCUGCAUUGUUACAACUACAAGAAAGAAAAUUAAAUAGAGAUAUGAACAUUUGCGGUUGUGCAAAACUUCUCAUUUAAACUUGCAUUAUUUUUUUAAGGAAAACACUACUAUAAUGAUCUCAAUGACACGACACUGUUCACGGAAGAACGUCGAUUUGUUAUUUGUGUUAAUGAAGUACUUCUUUCGUCCGGUAUAGAAAAUAGAUAGAUGGCCAUUGCAAUUGCAUCGGGUUUAUUCCUAUCAUUUUUACCUGCGUGCAUGAUGGGAAAGGAUCAUGUCAUUGUUGUAUGGAUAUUGUCUGCAUGUGUAAGACGAUUAGUGUUUGCCUUUUUUCGCCUUCCACGGCACUUAACUGAAUAAAAAAAUAA